AUGGACACCUCUCCUCACACUUACACCGCAACCUUGGGCAUCUCCUCCACCUCCACAGACACCUCCCACACCACCACCAGUGGCACUUGGCAAACCACACCACACACCUCAGCGUCUACAACCAAAACCUCUGCUCACACCAUCACCAGGACCCCAAGCAUCAACAGCAGCCCCCUCACAUCAAUCAUGGACAACUCACAGACCACCACCACACAACCCACUCUACACUCUACAGAGAGCUUGGCUUCUGUGGCAACCUCCAGUACAACCUACGCCACAGUGUCGGAAAAUGCCCCCUCCACCACCAACAUCUCUCCAGACCACACAAGCACCUCUCCAACCUCAUCGCACUCCUCAAACACCCUCUCGGCCAACGGGGAAACGACCAUGAUGACCAUCGUCACCUUCACAGACACUUUCACCUCCACCACAGACACCUUUUCGUCCUCCACUCACACUCCCAGCACCACCAGCAGCACACGGCAAACCACUGCAGAAAACACAGGAACACCGCGCACUCCCGUGCUCACUCCUAUCUCCACAGAUGCUCCAGCCACCAUCACGGCCUCCUCCAGAACAUCCACAGACACCUCAGAACCUCCCACCACCUUCUCAACAACCACCACACACACAUCUGCCAGCACUGCCCUCACAGACACCUCAAGCUCCAGCAGCUCCAGCUCACCUCUCACACAGAGCAUGGCAAGCGCAGCUGCAUCGGACAUCACCUCCCACAGCCUCUCCACCACCUCCACAAGCAGCACAGGAACCUCCCAAGUCACCACAGGCACCACGCCAACAUCAGCAGCCUUCUCCACCAACACCACUACGGGCACUUCGGAAACUCCCACCAACACCCCUACAACCUCAGGAGCCUCCUCGUCUACUCUGGGAACCUCUGCAACCACUGGAGAAACCUCACAUGCCACCAUGGACAGGGACGUCUCUAUCACAACCACCUUAACAGCCAGGACAUCAACCACCAAGAUGCCCACGGACUCUGCAGCAACCAACACAGGAACACUGCACACCUCCAUGCUCACACCUCUCUCCACAGACACCUCUACGACCACCACGGCCUCCUCCAAAACAUCCACAGACACCUCGGAACCUCCCACCUCCUUCUCAACAACCACCACACACACCUCUGCAACUUCCAUGGACACACAUGUCUCUACAGACACAUCGGACACAAACAAAAGCCCUGACGUGACCUCCACAAUCACCAUGGACACCUCUCCUCACACUUACACCUCCUCCAUGGGCACGAUCUCUACCUACACUGAUGACACCAGUGGCCCCUGGCAAACCACAGCACACACCUCAGCACCUACAACCACCAUCUAUGCAGAUGCGACCACCACCGCCUUGGCCAGCACAGCCCUCACAGACACCUCACGCUCCACCAGCUCCAGCUCAGCUCCCACACAGAGCAUG